AAAAUAAUAGAUAAUAAUGAUAUAGAAAAAAAUACUUAUUUAUUUUUUUUAGUAUGGCGUAACUUUUAUACCAAAUCACUAAUUUUACAACAUUUAAAAUUUUAUAAUAUACAUUAUUUUCAAAGAACAUUUAACCUUGAUUCCUUUUGUGCAUAUCCUUUCAAGAAAUAUUUGGGUUCAAUGAAGUUAAUUUUUUCAAAUAGUCAUGAAAAGUUAGUAACAUUUUUAAAUCACUUACCACCAACAGUAAAGUCCAUCGAGCUAGGUAGCAAUAAUGCAAAUGAACCCCUAGAAGUAGGGUGCUUUCCUAAAUCAAUAACAAAUUUAAAAUUAAAUUAUUGGUUCAAUCAGCAACUUGAAAAGGGUGUUAUAAAUUCAACAAUUCAAUCUUUAACUCUCGGUAAAAGUUUUAAUAAUUCUUUAAUAGACUCUUUUCCAUCUCGAGGUUUAACUUAUUUGGACCUAGGUUUUGAGUUUGACCAACCAAUCUUCGCGAAUGUACUACCAAAAACUUUAAAGACUCUUAUCUUUUCCGAUAGAUUUAAUCAAAAACUAUAUAUUGGAAGUAUUCCAAAGAGUGUAGAAAAUCUUACUUUUGGUGGAUGUUUUAAUAGAGAUUUAGAAAAAGAUUUGCUACCUGAAGGGUUAGUUAAUCUUACAUUUGGUUAUUCAUUUAAUAAACCAAUAUCAGUACUUUCUUCAUAUUCCGAUUGUUAUAGUACAGAAGAAAAUACACCAAACAACAAUAUAGAUAUUAUGAUAGAUAAUAUAACAUUAGAUAGUAAUUGUAAUGGUAAUGAAGAAUAUGGUAAUAAUAAUUGUUUUAAAAUAAUAUCAUUUUUACCAUAUAAAUUAAAAUCAAUUAAAUUUGGUUCAAAUUUCGAUAGGGAUAUAGAUUUUGGAGUUUUACCAUCCACAUUAACCAGUUUAGAGUUUUCAGUAGUAGGAAAUUUCAAUAAACCAAUUACUUUUGGAACAAUUCCUAACUCUGUAACAAAUCUUUCUUUUCCAUCACAGUUUAAUCAACCAAUUAAAGUUAAUAAUAAAAAUUGUUUACCACCAAAUCUAACUAAGCUAUCUUUUGGUAGAUACUUUCAACAAGAUAUUGAAAAGGGUUCUAUUCCAUCAUCAGUAACAGAUUUAUGUCUAGGUGGCAUAGAUUCAAAUCAAGUAAUUCAGGAAGGUUGUAUACCAGACUCUGUUUUAAAACUUAAAGUUGGUGAAAAUCAAAUAUUUAAAUCAAACUCAUUACCAGAUAGUGUUUACAGUCUCCAAGGUUUAAAUGCAAUGUAUAUUAGAGAAAUCCCACCACAAGUAAAUUCGUUUACUUUUUUAGAUUUAAAUGACCCAAUAGAGUACUUAAAAGAUUUACCAAGGAAUGUAGUUUCUGUUGACGUUGGUGGCUUAUUUGAUACCAGAGAGUUUGAACGUGCGAUUAUUCCAAGCCAUAUAACUUCCUUAACAUUUGGAAGCUUAUUUAAUCAAAGAAUUUUGCCAAGUUAUCUUCAUAAUGUAACAAAUUUAAAGAGUAUUAAAUUUGGUAUUUUUUUUAAUCAAAUAAUAUUACCUUGCUCUUUACCAGAUAGUAUCACCUAUUUAGAAUUCGAUCAAAGAUUUAAUCAAAUACUUUCUUCUUCAACUUUACCAAAAUAUUUAAAAACUUUAAUUUUAGGAAAUGAAUUUAAUUCAGUUUUAAAAUCAAAUUCGCUACCCAUAAAUUUAGUAUCUUUAAGAUUA